UUUCUUGCCCUUCUGCAUUUUCUCUUUUGUCUUCUCUGUUCCAUCACUUCAACAUAAAAAGCCUAUUUUUUUUCCAAUAUAUUGCUUCCUACUUUUCUAUGCUUUUAUUCAUUUCUGCUUUUUCCUUCAUUCCCUUCACUUCUCACAUUCUCUUUUCUUCAUCACCUUUCAAAUGAGGCUUCAAUCUCAUCAUUUCAUCACCAUUUCUCUUUUCUUUCUCAUAAUUUCAAACUUCACCCAAAAGGAACUUGUCACGGAAGGUAGAAAGACUUUGAACCAUAAUGAUUCUCACCAGACAUUAGGCGAUAAGAAGGCGAUGAUGAGGGCACGAAUAGGUUCAAAACCACCAAGAUGUGAGACAAGAUGCAGAUUCUGUGGACACUGUGAGGCCAUUCAAGUUCCUACAAAUCCUAAAACACUGAAUGCAAACAUCAAACCUUCAACUUUGUCUACAAUUUCUUAUGCCAGAAGAGAAGAUAAUUCAAACUACAAACCCAUGAGUUGGAAAUGCAAAUGUGGCAACAUUAUUUUCAACCCUUGAUUUCAUUUGUUCCAUAAUGUAGUCCAUCUGUAUAUGAAUGAAUAUAGUAUCGAAUUAUUGUAGCUCCUUCAUGUGAUAUUGGCACUGAUAACUAGACACUGAAGAGAACCAGUGGAUGAUAUGAUAAUUGUUAUGAACUGCAUGGCUAAGCUUUUUCC